GAUCCCAUAAAUUGCCAACGUUGGACAGAGAACUCAAGCUUGCCCGCUCGCGAUCCAGUUUUGCUCCAUCUCUGUCCUGCUUUGGAGUUAUUUCAGUUCUCCACACACACGCAUAGAGAGAGAGAGAGAGAGAGAGAGAGAGAGAGAGAGCAAUGAGUCAGGAAUCGUUCAUAUACAGCUUCGUGGCACGAGGCACCAUGAUCUUGGCCGAGUACACCAAGUUCAGUGGCAACUUCCCAGCGAUUGCGGCUCAGUGCCUUGAGAAACUCGGGUCCUCCAACGAAAAGUUCAGCUACACCUGCGACCACCACACCUUCAACUUUCUCGUCGAGGAUGGUUAUGCUUACUGUGUUGUUGCCAAAGAAUCUGUUGGCAAGCAGAUAUCCUUUGCAUUCUUGGAACGGAUGAAGGUGGACUUUAGGAAAAGAUAUGGGGGUGGUAAAGCAGAUACAGCAAACGCCAAAAGUCUUAACAAGGAGUUCGGGCCAAUCAUGAAAGAGCACAUGAAUUACCUUAUUGACCAUGCUGAAGAGAUUGAGAAGGUGUUAAAAGUGAACGCCCAAGUUACACAACUUAAAAGUAUUAUGCUGGAGAAUAUUGACAAGGUUCUUGUUAGGGGGGAACAUAUAAUGGAAAUUGAUGUCAAGGCUAAAGAUUUACACGAUCAGGCCCAACAGUACAAAGUACGUGGAACACAACUUAAACGGAAGAUGUGGUAUCAAAACAUGAAAAUAAAGCUGGUGUUUCUUGGAAUCUUAGUACUCCUCAUUCUAGUAAUCUGGCUUUCUAUUUGCCGUGGAUUUGACUGCACCAACUAGUAGAAAUAAAUUCUUCUUUAUUUGUUUAGGUCCAAUUUAAUCAAUUACUCAUCCGUGUGGUUGUUAUACAAUGUGGAGUACUUCGAUCGUCAUAUACACUCCCAUAUGAUCAUGUAUAUACUUGUAAUAGUUUUCAAGGUUCUGGUUCAUUUUUGCUGGGAAAUUUAUCGUCAAAUUGCAAAACUUUUACCAAACA